UGCGGUCUCAGAGGGGCGGGCCCGGCGACUCUUGGUUUCCGUCACUUCCGGUUUUCUGUCAGUCGCGAGCGAGCGAGCAGGAGGGUGCAGGACUGCAGAAGCAGAGCAAUGCCGAAAUCAAAGGAACUUGUUUCUUCAAGCUCUUCUGGCAGUGAUUCAGACAGUGAAGUUGACAAAAAGUUAAAGAGGAAAAAGCAAGUUGCUCCAGAAAAACCUGUGAAGAAGCAAAAGACUGGUGAAACUUCAAGAGCUCUGUCAUCUUCCAAACAGAGCAGCAGCAGCAGAGAUGAUAACAUGUUUCAGAUUGGGAAAAUGAGGUACGUUAGUGUUCGGGACUUUAAAGGGAAAGUUCUUAUUGAUAUUAGAGAAUAUUGGAUGGAUCCAGAAGGUGAAAUGAAACCAGGAAGGAAAGGUAUUUCUUUAAAUCCGGAGCAGUGGAGCCAGCUGAAGGAACAGAUUUCUGACAUUGAUGAUGCAGUAAGAAAACUGUAAAAUCCGAGCCAUACAAAACCUGUACUGUUCUAGUUGUUUUAAUCUGUCUUUUUACAUUGGCUUUGUUUUCUAAAUGUGCUCCAAGCUAUUGUAUGUUUGGAUUGCAGAACAGUUUGUAAGAUGAAUACUUUUUUUUAUGUGCAUUAUUAAAAAUGUUCUGAGUGAAACUAAUUGUCAACUUUAUUAAGGAGAAUUGCUUUGUGCCCACAACCCAUGUAAAAUAAUAAAAUGUAAAAGUACAAUCU